UUGGAGAGACCGUCUUUGUUGUGUCGGGAAGGGCUCUUACCCUUCACCUUUCUGUGUGUGUUGCUAAAUGCGUUUGGUGGUUGCAUUUCAUCGCUUCCUCCUUCCUUGUCUUCCGUGCAUGUGGUGAUUAAUAUUUUAAGUUAUAAACCUUUCUGGGAGCCUGAUUUAAGAGCAGAUUGUCCUGUUAUAUCUUCAGUUUUUUUUCUUGCUUUUUUCCAGGUGUGUGUAGAUCUCAGAGGUGUGUCAAGCACUUUGCAAUUUGAACUACAAAAGGAGAAAGGAGAAUUUGGCCACUCAUCUCUUCAGAUCUUUUGUGUCAGGGGGGAAAAAAAAGCGGAAGGAGAAGCGCAACCAUCAUCACUGAGCUGCUGCAGAAGGUGGAGAAGGAAGCAGAAAAGCAGGAAAAUCGCAAUACUGUAUUGCUUCUUUAGAACCAGAGAGACUGAUGGCGGAGUUUGGCAGCAGAGGGGGAGGCACUAGUGGUGGGAGGAUAACCUCCUCCCCAAAUUUGGCACAAGGAAAGGUGGCUUUCAAAGCAGGUGAUGGGGAAGGAGGAGGAGGAGGAGGUGGCAGUGGUGGUGUUGCAAGAAUCCACUUGGACAGUGCUCGCAAUGGGUUCUCCAAUGGGGACUGUGCGCUGGUGGGAAAUAGAGAACACCUAGAAUCUCCCCAACCUGGCAGCCCUGCCAUAGAGAGAGGAUGUUCCACCCUGCAUCCAGAAGGCAAAUCUGGUAUUCCCAGGAAAACCAGCAUCAUCAAGGAUGGUACAAAACAAAAAAAAGAACGGAAAAAGACAGUCUCAUUUAGCAGCAUGCCUACUGAGAAGAAGAUAAGUAGUGCAAGUGACUGUAUUAAUGCUAUGGUUGAAGGCUCAGAACUCAGAAAAGUUCGAUCCAACUCUAGGAUAUACCAUCGGUAUUUUCUUUUAGAUGCUGAUAUGCAAUCAUUACGAUGGGAACCUUCAAAGAAGGAUUCUGAAAAAGCAAAGAUCGACAUCAAAUCCGUCAAAGAAGUGAGAAUAGGGAAAAAUACGGACAUUUUUCGUAGCAAUGGAAUUUCUGAACAAAUUUCAGAAGACUGUGCAUUUUCUAUUAUUUAUGGAGACAAUUAUGAAUCUCUAGAUCUUGUUGCAAACUCUGCAGAUGUUGCAAAUAUUUGGGUUACUGGUCUAAGAUACUUGAUAUCUUAUGGAAAACAUACAUUGGAUAUGCUAGAAAGUAGGCAAGAUAAAAUGCGGACCUCAUGGGUUUCCCAAAUGUUUAGUGAAACAGAUAUAGAUCAUUUGGGGAGGAUAUCCUUGUGCAGAGCUGUACAGUUUAUAAAAAAUUUAAAUCCUGGUUUAAAAACAAAUAAAAUUGAAUUAAAAUUCAAAGAGCUGCAGCGAUCAAAAGACAGACCUGAUACAGAAAUCACAAAGCAAGAAUUUAUUGAAGUUUUCCAUGAGCUUUGCACUCGUCCUGAGAUCUAUUUCUUACUAGUUCAGUUUUCUAGCAAUAAAGAAUUCCUUGACGCCAAGGAUCUUAUGAUGUUUUUAGAAGCAGAGCAGGGUAUGGCUCAUGUCACUGAAGAGAUCAGCCUUGGUAUUAUUCACAAAUAUGAACCAUCUAAAGAGGGACAAGAAAGAGGCUGGCUUUCCAUAGAUGGUUUUACAAAUUAUCUUACUUCCCCAGAAUGUCAUAUAUUUGAUCCAGUACAUAAAAAAGUGUGCCAGGACAUGAACCAGCCUUUAUCUCACUAUUUCAUAAACUCUUCUCAUAACACAUACUUGAUAGAGGACCAGUUUCGAGGCCCAUCUGAUAUCACAGGUUAUAUUCGUGCUCUAAAAAUGGGAUGCCGCAGUGUUGAGUUGGAUGUGUGGGAUGGUCCUGAUAAUGAACCUGUAAUUUAUACAGGUCACACAAUGACUUCACAAAUAGUCUUCCGCAGUUCAAUUGACAUAAUUAACAAAUACGCAUUUUUCGCUUCGGAAUAUCCUCUUAUUUUGUGCUUGGAAAAUCAUUGUUCUCUCAAGCAACAGAAUGUGAUGGUCCAGCAUAUGAAGAAAAUACUGGGGGAUCAACUGUAUAUGAGACCUCCAAAUAUAGAGGAAUCUUAUCUGCCAUCUCCUGAAUAUCUUAAAGGAAAAAUAUUAAUUAAAGCCAAGAAGCUAUCUUCUAAUUGCUCUGGGCUAGAGGGAGAUGUUACAGAUGAAGAUGAAGGCGCAGAAAUGUCACAGAGAAUGGGAAAGGAGGGGGGAGAACCACAGAAUGUUGUCCCAGUGAAACGGUUUCAGCUUUGUAAAGAACUAUCAGAACUGGUAAGCAUAUGUAAAUCGGUUCAGUUCAAAGAUUUUCAGGUUUCAUUUCAGCUUCAGAAGUACUGGGAAGUUUGCUCCUUUAAUGAAGUGCUUGCUACCAAAUACGCCAAUGAAAAUCCUGGAGACUUUGUGAAUUAUAACAAACGCUUUCUUGCAAGAGUUUUUCCUAGCCCUAUGAGGAUUGAUUCUAGUAAUAUGAACCCACAGGAUUUCUGGAAAUGUGGCUGUCAAAUUGUGGCAAUGAACUUUCAGACACCUGGAUUAAUGAUGGACCUCAAUAUUGGCUGGUUUCGACAAAAUGGGAAUUGUGGCUAUGUGCUACGGCCUGCUAUCAUGCGGGAGGAAGUAUCUUUCUUUAGUGCAAAUACAAAGGACACAGUGCCUGGUGUUUCACCUCAGCUCCUUCAUGUCAAGAUUAUUAGUGGGCAACAUUUUCCAAAGCCAAAAGGUUCAGGUGCCAAAGGGGAUGUAGUAGAUCCUUAUGUCUAUGUAGAAAUCCAUGGGAUUCCAGCAGACUGUGCAGAACAAAGGACAAAAACUGUCCACCAAAAUGGAGACAAUCCUAUUUUUGAUGAGAGUUUUGAAUUUCAGAUUAACCUACCUGAACUUGCUAUGGUACGCUUUGUUGUGUUAGAUGAUGAUUACAUUGGGGAUGAAUUUAUUGGGCAGUACACAAUUCCCUUUGAAUGUUUACAACCAGGUUAUCGGCAUGUUCCGCUUCAGUCUUUAACAGGAGAGGCUCUAGCACAUGCUUUCUUGUUUGUCCAUGUUGCUAUUACUAAUCGAAGAGGUGGAGGAAAACCUCAUAAACGGGGUCUUUCUGUCAGAAAAAGCAAGAAAUCCAGAGAAUAUGCUUGUAUGAGGACUUUGUGGAUUAAAAGUAUUGAUGAAGUAUUCAAGAACGCUCUUCAGCCAAUACGGGAUGCCACAGAUUUGAGGGAAAACAUGCAGAAUGCAGUAGUUUCAUUCAAAGAACUGUGCGGCCUUGCUCCUGUAGCAAAUCUCAUACAGUGUAUUCUGGCAGUGUCUAGCUGCUUAGUGAAAUCUGAUAAUACACCCUUGGUGGUAGUAAAUCUCAGUGAUCAGUAUCCCACAAUGGAAUUGCAAGGGAUUGUUCCAGAGGUUCUGAAAAAAAUUAUCACAGCAUAUGAAACCAUGAUAAAUAUGAUCAAGAUUCUGACAGAAAAUGCAGAUAAUGUGUAUGAAAAAAUAGUCCAGUGCCAAAAAGCAGCAAUGGAGUUCCAUGAGAACUUACAAAAUGUAGGAGCAAAGGAAGGGUUGAAAGAGAGAAAACUACAAAAAGCAGUGGAGAGUUUCACCUGGAAUAUUACAAUUUUAAAGGGCCAGGCUGAUCUUCUCAAGUAUGCUAAAAAUGAGGCAUUGGAGAACCUAAAGCAAAUCCACUAUGCUGCUGUUUCAUGUGGAUUGAAUAAACCAGGAUCCUCUGGAAAUGUUGACUCUUCAAAGCCCCGACGAAGCUUAGAGGCUAUACCUGAAAAGGCAGUGGAAGAAAAUUGAGAAUGGAAGAAAAUUCUCAUUACUUUGGAGUUUAUAACUCUGUAACUAUUGUAGCUGCACAAGACAUUUUGCUUUGCACUUACUAAUUUUUGGGGGGGAAGGAGGAAUCCUGGUGUUUUAAAAGCACAACUGGAGAAGCUAAUUACAAUCUCUGAAAACUGUGAAUGUAUGUAGCAACUCUGUAUAUGAAGGCAAUUGAAUUUUUUUCAUGGAAAUAAUAUUGCUGGCUGAAGCACCCUUUAUAUGUGUAAAAGAUGUCAUGAUUCAAGAACUGUGUGCAGAAAAUACCAUUGUUAUUAAAAGAGAAACAAAUUGUGUUUCCAAAUUUGUUACAAUGGCAAGGGAAGGAGCUUUUGUCAUUGCUCAGAAAAGUGCCUUGAUUUGGGGGGAAAAAUCUAGGUGUGUUGUAGUAUAGCUUCCUUGAUUUAGGAGCAGUGCUGUAACAGUUUGGACAAUUAAGCCUAUUGCUGCAUAUAUGAUUUGUAAAGAUCAGAGAUGAAAAUUAUGGAAGUGUGUGCAUUUUACUGAAUUGUGUGAUUAAGAAACUUGGCAGUGUUCAGGUUGGAAAAUGCUACUGUUGUUUGGGGUUUCUUUUUGUUGUUGAGCCAUAAAUAAAAGGGGGAAUGUAAAUACGAAGUGCUUACUCAUGGCGCAGUGCACUGAGGGAGAGUCGUUGCAUAAAAGAAACAUGUGCAAUUAAUCUGCCAUUAAAUGCCUGAGUAAGGCACAUACCUGUUUCCACCCAAGAACAUCUGUAGAUGUCUAAAGAUAAUGUAAAAGUGACCAAAUUGUAAACAAAAUUUUGUAAAUAGUUUUUUUUUCUAUUUUGUGUAUGUGAAGUACUCACAUUAAAAUGUUUUAUGAUACAGUU